CGCCUACGAACUAACGUCAUGCGCAGUUGCUGAGCGCCGGCAGGCGGGGCCGAGGCGGGCAAGCCAAUGCGAUGGCUGGGGCGGGGUCGGGUGCUCUAUAAGUUGUCGAUAGGCGGGCACUCCGCCCUAGUUUCUAAGGAUCAUGUCUGCGAGUCAGGAUUCCCGAUCCAGAGACAAUGGCCCUGAUGGGAUGGAGCCCGAAGGCGUCAUCGAGAGUAACUGGAAUGAGAUUGUUGACAGCUUUGAUGACAUGAACCUCUCGGAGUCCCUCCUCCGUGGUAUCUACGCCUAUGGUUUUGAGAAGCCCUCUGCCAUCCAGCAGCGAGCCAUUCUUCCUUGUAUCAAGGGUUAUGAUGUGAUCGCUCAAGCCCAAUCUGGGACUGGGAAAACAGCCACAUUUGCUAUAUCGAUUCUGCAGCAGAUUGAGUUGGAUCUAAAGGCCACCCAGGCCUUGGUCCUAGCACCCACUCGAGAAUUGGCUCAGCAGAUACAGAAGGUGGUCAUGGCAUUAGGAGACUACAUGGGUGCCUCCUGUCAUGCCUGUAUUGGGGGCACCAACGUGCGUGCUGAGGUGCAGAAAUUGCAGAUGGAAGCUCCCCAUAUCAUCGUGGGUACCCCUGGCCGAGUGUUUGACAUGCUUAACCGGAGAUACCUGUCUCCCAAAUAUAUCAAAAUGUUUGUACUGGAUGAAGCUGAUGAAAUGUUAAGCCGUGGAUUUAAGGACCAGAUCUAUGACAUAUUCCAAAAGCUCAACAGCAACACCCAGGUGGUUUUGCUGUCGGCUACAAUGCCUUCUGAUGUGCUUGAGGUGACCAAGAAGUUCAUGAGGGACCCCAUCCGGAUUCUUGUCAAGAAGGAAGAGUUAACCCUGGAGGGUAUCCGUCAGUUCUACAUCAAUGUGGAACGAGAGGAGUGGAAGCUGGACACGCUGUGUGACUUGUAUGAAACCCUGACCAUCACCCAGGCAGUCAUCUUCAUCAACACCCGAAGGAAGGUCGAUUGGCUCACUGAGAAGAUGCAUGCCCGAGAUUUCACUGUUUCUGCCAUGCAUGGAGAUAUGGACCAAAAAGAACGAGAUGUGAUCAUGAGGGAGUUCCGUUCUGGCUCUAGCCGAGUAUUGAUUACCACUGACCUGCUGGCCAGAGGCAUUGAUGUGCAGCAGGUUUCUUUAGUCAUCAACUAUGACCUUCCUACCAACAGGGAAAACUAUAUUCACAGAAUUGGUCGUGGUGGACGGUUUGGCCGUAAGGGUGUGGCUAUUAACAUGGUGACAGAAGAAGACAAGAGGACUCUUCGAGACAUCGAGACCUUCUACAACACCUCCAUUGAGGAGAUGCCCCUCAAUGUUGCUGACCUCAUCUGAGAGGGGCUGUCCUGCUACCUAGCCCCAGCCAGGGUUCAAUCUUGGGGGGCUGAGGAGCAGCAGGAGGGGGGAGGGAAGGGAGCCAAGGGAUGGACAUCUUGUCAUUUUUUUUUUCUUUGAAUAAAUGUCACUUUUUGAGGCAAAAGAAGGAACCGUGAA